CGGGGCACCUGCUCUAUUGUGACGUAGUUUAUCACGUGAUAGGGUGGGCCAGUGUAAAUUGAUGGGCGCCAUUUUGACGAAUUCAAAUGGUGCCAUAUUCAGGACUGGAGCCUUAAUUGCUUCACAUUUUAAUUGUUAAAAAUGUCCGUGGUCCAAGGCCUCCCUCCCACAUACACAGAAUCCAAGUUGCUGAAUAAAGGGGGCAAUGGGACUCCCUCAGAAGUUCACAGUUCAGUGGAAUCCAUGGGGACCAUUACAAUACAGGAAAUCAAUGAUGCACAGUAUGAAGAUGAAAAGAAGAAGAUUUAUGGACAUCCUCUCUUCCCUUUAAUGGAGCUGCUGUUUGUGAAAUGUGAACAAGCCUCCCAAACGUCGGAUUGUCCUAGUUCUGACAGCUUUGAUGUAGACAUUCAGACAUUUGUUCAGCGCCAGGAAAAGGAAAGAAAGCCUUUCUUCAGCGAAGAUACAGAACUGGACAAUUUGAUGGUUAAAUCAAUACAAGUAUUACGGAUUCAUUUAUUGGAACUGGAAAAAGUGAAUGAGUUAUGCAAAGACUUCUGUAACAGAUACAUAAACUGCCUGAAAGGCAAACUCCAAAGUGAACAACUUCUCCGUGUGGACACAGACUUUGAUGAUUUCAGUGAACAUGGUUCUUCCCCGCCCCUAAGUGGGGGUCAGGUUUCAGGGACGGCAGGUGUGGUGACCAGUACAGGUAUGGUGAUUCAGCAGCAAUCAGCAGCAGCCACGUUGAAUCAGGUGUAUCAGAUGGUGCAGACUCCACAAGGGCUGGUGGCUCAGCCAAUUCAGAUACAAAGCACACCUUUACAAAGUCCCAUUGUCUCCAGUGCAGUGAUAGGGGGAAGCUCUUCUCUGAAUCCCCUGGGGUUAGUCAGCAGUCAGUCUGCCCAAGCUGCAGCAGCAUUAGACUCUGAUGAUGAUGAUCCACUGGGGAAAAAGAAAAGUAAAAGAGGAGUGCUUCCAAAGCAUGCAACUCAGGUCAUGAAAUCUUGGCUCUUUCAACACAUUGUGCAUCCAUACCCUACAGAAGACGAAAAAAGGCAGAUAGCCAAUCAGACAAAUCUGACAUUGUUACAGGUCAACAACUGGUUUAUCAAUGCCAGAAGAAGAAUUCUACAGCCAAUGUUGGAUGCCAGUAAUCCUGAACCUACAAAGAAGGCCAAGUCCAAGCCACAGAAUCGUCCCUUACAGAGGUUCUGGCCAGAGAGUAUAGCCAACAUUCAGCCUCAGUUACCCUCGGGUCUACAGUCUGCGGUCAAGUCGGAGGCCGCCACCUCGGUCACUGACACAGUGCAGACUCAGCCCAUUGUCAUACCCAUCGUUACAAUGCCAUCUCAAAGUGAGCAAGAGACAGCUGAUGAUAGCAAACACAGCCAAGACAGCAUUUCAUUAUCAAGCCACAGAGAGCCAACAGACUCAUCCUCCAGUGAGACAGACCCUCACUGACAGGGGGAGGUGGGGGAAUGAGGAGUGUUAUGCUGCCAAAGACAAAUGUUAUUGUUCGCCCAAGUGUGAAGACUGAGAGUUUCAUUGCUGAGAUGGGACCGUUAUUUAACAUAAUGCCAGAUAAAAUUUUUAGGCCAAAGUCUGUCAAUGCUUGGUUUAAUAUAUUUUGUUACGUGCCAAAAGAAAUGGUUUCCAAAAACAGAAGAGGCAGGUCAGAAAACUAAUCAGUUAUGGAUCCAUCUCGGUAAAAUAUAGAGAAAUAAUUAAGAUAUCUUCCAUCAUUUUAUUGUUAGCCAAAUUUCUUCAGAUGUCGUAUGUUCUGUGACAUGUAUUUAUCUGGCUGCUGAAAGGAGAUGAAUCAAGGAUUUCCCAGGAGGUGCCAAAUCCAGGGCGAGGCAGCAAAAGCCACUGUAGACUUUUUUAAUUCUGCAAAGCAGGAUGAUUACUUUUGCAUUAUUAUGCUGUAUAUGUAAAAAUUAAGGAAACUGGUGUAGUGGCUUUUUGUUACUUAUCUUUGUGAUUGAACGUAAGCGAUAAAAUGUUCUUUCAUACAAUUAGUUUUAUUCUUUUAGUCCAUAUACAUGUAUCAACAAUCAUUUUAUGUCUACAAAUUAUCUUGAAGUAAGGAAAGUAAAGAACACUCACUGUGUACACGGUUGCACUUAAUCACACUUGUAAAGUUAUUCAUAUAAAUUUAAAAUUGUGCUUUAUAAUUACAUUAUUUACUAUUUUGAAUUGAAUAGCCCCAUUCUAAUUUCAUCCAUAAACUGACAAUAUAGGCAAAUAGGGCAAAACUAUAACAUAAGGAGAAGAUUUCUCUGUACACGUUAUAAAUGUAUUUUUUACAUUUGAUAUUUAAACAAUUUGAACUUCAGUAACCAAAGAAGCUUUUAUUUGUUUUUUACUCAGAUUAAUUUCAAAUUUUGUGGAAAAUAAUUUUUUUUAUGUUUCGUUAUAAGAAUCAUAGUGUUGAGACCUGUAUUCUCAGUCUGUGCUUACAAAAAGUCUCAAAUUUGUCAAACUCUCUUGAUAGGAAACAUUAUUUUUAUGUUGUUCUAAAACAAGCAUAAAAUUAUAUUGUACAUUUGUUCUGUGUUAUUUUUCCAGCAUGAUAAUUUGAACGCAUGAGAAGUAAUAUAAAUCCUGUUGAAUUGUUGGUUUUUCAUGAAAUUUUAGCUUUUGUAAGAUAUACUUGUUAAGAAUAUUGCAUAAGUGUUGAUGAUUAUUUGUAAAAAAAAUUCCUGUUUACAAUGCUUGUUGUAUGGACUUAAUAAGUUUUCUGGUUGUGUUCUUUGUUAUCAAGAUAUUUAAUCAAAAAAUAUUUGUGUAGAUUUUUUAUUAUGAAAGAAAAAGAUUCAAUUUUUUGAAUAUGAACAAAAUGUGUUUUAAAAAAGCAAUUGAGAAUAUUCUUUGUCAUCAAAUUUGCAAGGAUAUGCAACGGAAAAUCCGGCAAAGGGUGAUACAUAUAUGAAUUUUAUGUUAUGAGUUAGUACAAAAUACAUUUCGCUAACAUUGUUUUGAUUGAAUUUAUGUGAUAUACAUUUACUGUGCAAAAAUAAGGAAAUUUAGAUCAUUACCAUAAAAAGAUUUACAUUAUUGUCAUAUUAACUAACUCAUAAAUCAUGGUCCUUUGAUUUAAAUACUUGUACACGUUUCUAGAGGAAACAGGUGGGUAAACAUUCAUUUUAAUGAAUUCUAAAUGAAACGCUUCAACAUAUUUGUUCUAGUCUGCCUGGUUUUCCAUUGGUCUAUUUUAGCUCAAGUUAACUUGAUUUUUUUUGUAUGUUCAGUGUUUUGUACAGUGAAUUAAUGUAUGCAUUGUUAAUUUAAGUAACAUAAACAGAUUUAGGUUAGUGUUUAAGAAUGCAGGUCUUAAAAAAUUGUCAGCAUUUUAGUCUUUACUGGACAUUAGAUUGUUUGUUCCCAUAGAUUCCGGGCUUUGGAUGUGCGACAUAUGGUGCUUAGCUUUCAUACACUGUAUUUUCCUCCAUUUUUGUACUUUUUUAAAAGUACAUUGUUUUGUUAAUGAAGAAAAACAAACAAUAAAAAAGAAGAAAUCAUUAAAA